AUGCCGUCAGAUCCGCCGCACCUUGACCUUCAACAACAAGAUCAUCGUCAUCAUCAUCAUCAUCCUCUUCCUCAUCUCCCUCUGCAACAAAGCCCUUCCAACACCGACGCCUUCCGAGGCGAACUUCAUCACCUCGACAUCACUGCCCAAUCUCUGCGAGCUGAGAAGGCCGCCCUGUUGACGAGACUUCAGGUUGUUCGCGAGAAGAUCUUCGCCAACGACAACCACAUCCGCCGCACCAUGGAGAACCUUAGCAGCGAACUCUUCCGCAGCCAGCGCGCUGAGCGCCAGCCAGAAUUCCAAGCCAGGUUGCUCAACAAUGACAACUUCAUCGAGGGCAUGUACUACCAGAUGCAGGCCCAGCCGCAGUUGCUCAAAGCCAUCCAUGCCGUCACCAAGGAGGAAGGGACCGUUCAAGACAACAAUCUCAUUGCAGCGGCCAUCAUGACCGAGUUGACCGGCAACACCUUCCAGUUCGGCCACGAUGUCGCAGCCCGAGUCACCGAGUUUGAAAAGGCAAAGAAUGAAUCUCUUGCAGUCAUGGGUCAACCUGUCUUUGACGGUGUUAAUGCCUUUGUCGACCCCACCUUCGCCGUCACUGAUCCCGCUCUUGAGGAUGGAGCUGCUCUGGCAAUCCAAGGUCCGUCCGCCUCCCCACUAGGAUCAGCCAGAGAUAUGUCCAUCGUCGCGUUGAUGUCCCCUUCUGUCAAGUCCGAGGGUGCUUCCAUCGCCACUCCUUUCAAUGUCGCCAACAGUCUCCCAGAUCUGACCGCAGCUGCGCUGACCAAUACGCCUGCCAAUGUUGCUUUGUCCAUCGAAACAACCCCGGUUCGCCAGUCGCCACGAGCCACCGUUGUCGCGCAAGGGAUGACAAGUCUUCAAAAGAGCUUCCCUGGUCUCCUGGAAUCCAUAGGCCCUGCCAACUCACCUCCACGUCCGAGAUCCGCUGUUGCCGCCAUGGCUGGGAAGCGUGGAAGAGAAUCAGUCGAGCCGAACGACAGCCCAAGCCCGUCUGUGCUCCGGGUGGCCAAGAAACCCAAGAAUGACAAGGAACCAGCCAUUUCCCACACCUUCAUCAAUUACAUGAAGCACCUCGAACAACUCCACCGAGGCGGGAAAUCUAUCUCCAGCACCAUUCGCUGCUCGCGUUGCCAACAGAUCAAGCGUGAUGUCCGCGUCCUGAACUGUCUGCACUUGUACUGCCACCGCUGCGUCCUCCAGCUCCGGGGCCAGGCCCAGCACGGCAACGCCGUCACUGGCUUCCAAUCGACCUGUGUCAAGCCUGGGUGCAACCAAGUUGUCAGUGGCAAGACCACCGUCAUUGACAGUGAGAUUGUCGACUUCCUCCAGUGGUACGAUCAGCAGUCUCCCGUCAUCACUUCCAAGGUGUGUCAGCUUCAUGUGCUCAACACCGCUUCUGCUAGAUAUCCCGACGACGACGGCAUCAAGGCCAAGCUGCAACAAGUGCAGAGCCAGUUCCGGGCCGCGCACAAUGCCGCCGUCGGGGAUCAACCGGUCGACUUGAUGGUGAUUGCAAAGUUGUGCCGCAAGCCAUACUUGUGA